AUGGACAACUUAAAUCCAACAGUUCGCGAUGGGAGAAGUAGGAGAGUGGAAAUGAGGAUGAAAGACGGUAAAAUGGUAGAGGUGACAGAAGAGAGCAUUUUUGAGUUGAUUAGAGACAUCAAGGACCCAGAACACCCCUACACGCUUGAGCAGUUGAACGUAGUUGAUUUGGAGAAAGUGAGAAUAGUGGAUCUAAAUGAAGAAAGAGAGGUGUUGAUCAAUGAUAUUGGGAUUACACGAUGCAUUGAGGUUGAAUUCACUCCAACAGUCCCACACUGCAGUCUGGUGGGAAUCAUAGGGCUGACUUUGGCCUACAAACUGUACAAACACGUAGAUGGAUUUAUGAUACGACUGAAAAUCACAGAGAACUCGCAUUCACAGGAAGAAAUCUACAACAAACAGCUCAAUGACGAGGAGCGAGUCCAUGCUGCAUUUGAGAACACCAAUUUGCACGAAAUAAUAGAAAAUUGCUUGUAA